AUGUUAUCCACAACACAGGCUGUCACGCCCAGCAAUGGCGCCACCGGUGGUGCCGUGAUAAUCACGAAGCGGCUCCUUGUCCGGCCUUCCACAUUCGCUGACGCCCCGGACAUGGCACGACUUGCAAACAACCUCAAGAUAGCAAGAAACAUGCGGAACACCUUCCCAUCGCCUUAUCUGCUUGAGCAUGCCGAGGUCUGUCUCACAAUGUGCGCCAAAGACCCGGGCAACGACUUUGCCGUUUGCAGAAUAGAAGACGGAGCCUACGUCGGCAACAUAGGCAUCAUCCGCGGCAACGAUGUGUUGCACCGUACCUGGGAGCUCGGCUACUGGAUCGGCGAGGAAUAUUGGGGACAAGGCUUCGCUAGCGAAGCCUUGGUGGCCCUCUGCAGAUUCUGUUUCGAAACCCACCCUGAACUGUUGAGGUUGGAGGCGUCCAUGUUCAGUACUAACACGGCGAGUCGAAGAGUGCUUGAGAAGGCUGGCUGGACACACGAAGGUACCAAGAGGCAAGCUGUUGAAAAGCAGGGUCGAGUGCUCGACCUCUUGUUGUUCUCGCUUCUUAGACAUGAGAGUCUCUGUUGA